AUGCGCGAUCCAUUCCCUAUCGCAGCGCCGCAGUGGCUCGCCGAGGCUACGCGCCCACUGGCAGACAAGCUGUCCCUGCCCACGCUGCCCAUGCACAUCCACGAGGUCCUACUCGCCGUUGUCUUCUACCAGACCAUCAACGCCGUCAUCGCGCCCGCCCUGUCGCGCCGCUUCUUUCCUCAGGCCUACAGCUCCUUCAACCAACGCACGCGUAUCAACUGGGAUGUGCACAUCGUCUCGAUGGUCCAGAGCUUGCUCGUCAAUACGACUGCUCUAUGGAUCAUGUUCUACGACGACGAGCGCAGUAACAUGAAUUGGGCUGGCAAGAUCUGGGGCUACGAUGGUGCCUUGGGCUUUCUGCAGAGUCUGGCUGGUGGCUACUUCAUGUGGGAUCUCUGCAUGUGUACAUACCAUAUCAACAUCUUCGGCGUCGGCAUGCUUGCACACGCCAUUUCGGCUUGCACCGUCUUCUUCUUUGGCUUCCUGAACAUGACAGGCAGCAUCUACCAGCUCAUCAAUGGAAUCAUCCUCAUCACAACCUUCUUCUUCUGUCGUCUUGUCUGGGGCUCAAUCAAUUCGGUCCUUGUUUUCAGAGAUAUCUGGAUUGCCAUGCAGAAUGGUGGUGUUGUCGGCCUCGAUGAGAACCUGGGCCUCAAGUACGGUCUCGACCAGUCCAUGUCCGCUGUCACUCCCCAGAACCAACCCUACACUGGCUCGGAAGACAUUAUGCGCUUUGCUGGUUCUCGUACCCUCCCUGCUUGGCUCGCCCUCAGUUAUCUGGCCUCCAACAUUGUGCUUAACGUGCUCAACUUUUACUGGUUUGCCAAAAUGAUCGAGGCUCUUCGCAAGCGCUUCGACCCACCUUUUGGCACAAAGCGCCCAGAGAAGAAAGAGACGGCUGUCGAGGAGAAGACACAAGAGCCAGAGAUCGAGAUUCAACGUGGUCUUUACGCCGAUGGUAGAAAGACUAUUGAGAUCACCGGUACCCAGAGUACCCCUCCAUCGGUCAGAUCCAGACGUAGAGGUUAG